AUGGACUUCAGGACUUAUGAUGUUUUUCUCAGUUUUAGAGGGCAGGAUACACGCAAGAGUUUUACAGAUCAUUUGUACAGCGGCUUGGUUCAGAAGGGAAUCAAAACAUUCAGGGAUGAUGAACGUCUCACUAGAAGAGGAGACGAUAUUUCGUUGAAAAUACUCAAAGCACUUGAAGAGUCGAGGAUUGCUAUCAUCGUAUUCUCUCAAAAUUAUGCAUCCUCAGUAUGGUGCUUGGAUGAACUGGUCCAGAUCCUUCGCUGUAGAGAGAUAAAGCAGCAAAGGGUUGUACCAAUUUUUUACAAGGUCGAUCCCUCAGAAAUAAGAAAUCAAACAGGUAGAAUCGGCGAGGCAUUGGCUUUUGAUGAGCAAAGAUUGGAUAAAGAUGAGAAGGUAAUUCGAUGGAGGGCAGCUCUCAGAGAAGUAGCAGAGUUGAGCGGGUGGAUUUUCUUGGAUGGGUAUGAAACUACUUUCAUUCAUGAAAUUGUCGAAGAUAUCUCAGCAUACAUGAAUGUGGCAGAGUUCCCAAUUGGAAUAGAUUCUCAUCUACAAGAUAAUCUUGUAGGAGUAAAGACUGAAGAUCUCAAGUUAACUAAUAAUGCAUUAGAAGAUCCGGUGAUUGAAGAACUCAUCCAAAAGCCUCUUUCAAAUAUUGAAGAAACUCGCAUUUGGAUGCAUGACAUGAUUGAAGAAAUGGGUGAAGAGCCUCACAACUAUAGAAUGGCCCCUUCAACCGCGACGAUCUUUUUGCUCGUGAAUGUUGGUCUAGAGAUUUGCUCAGUGCUGGUUUGA